AUGUUCCAGUCCAACUUCGAAAGCUCAGUUGAAAACGAUCGUCCGGAGAUCGAAUACCAGACGGCAAGUGUGGCUUCGUCCCGAGAGUCCGUGGCGAAUGUUGUCAUUGAGGAAUACAACGAAGAGCCUGUUCCUGCCUUCGACUACGUCAAAGAGAUCGUGGAAAGUCCCCGUUCCAAGGCCACCACCUACGUGAAGUCCCUGUUCCCUAUUCUUGGGUGGAUUGGCCACUAUCCAUUCACUCCGUCCUGGGUCUACAGUGACUUUGUGGCUGGUGUCACCGUUGCCAUCGUGCUUGUUCCUCAGUCCAUGUCGUACGCCCAGCUCGCCGGCUUGUCCUCUGAGUAUGGUCUCUAUUCGUCGUUUGUUGGUGUGCUGAUCUACGCCUUCUUUGCCACUUCCAAGGACGUUUCCAUCGGUCCCGUUGCCGUGAUGAGUUUGGAAGUUGGUAGAUUAAUUGCUCGUGUGCAGGAAAAGACAGACAACGCCUACGCGGCUCCGGUCAUUGCCACGAUGGUGGCCCUGUUGUGCGGUUCGAUCGCUCUUGGUUUGGGUCUUCUGAGACUCGGUUUUAUCGUCGAGCUCAUCUCGCUGCCGGCCGUUCUCGCCUUCAUGACCGGCUCGGCGUUCAAUAUCAUUGUCGGCCAAGUCCCUGGUCUCAUGGGUUUUGGUAGCUACGUCAACUCCAAGACAGCAACCUACAAAGUCGUCAUCAACACCUUGAAAAAUUUGCACCGUACCAAAGUGGACGCUGCAUUUGGGUUCGUGUCGCUGUUCAUUCUCUACGCCUGGAAGUACACCACGUCCUACCUCUACAAGCGCUACCCAAAACAGAAGAUCUACUUUUAUCUGCAGCAGCUGAGAAGCGCAAUUGUGAUUAUUUUCAGCACCCUCAUCAGCUACCUGAUUAUUAGACACCACAAGACCGAACACAGUUUUAGUGUGAACGGAAACGUGCCUUCUGGACUGAAGCACGUCGGAGUCAUGGAGACGCCUCCUGGGCUUGUGGGCCACAUCGCCUCGGAGCUGCCGGCUGCUACCAUCAUUCUAGUUCUCGAACACAUCUCCAUCUCUAAAUCGUUCGGAAGAAUCAACGACUACAAAAUCAACCCUAACCAGGAACUGAUCGCCAUCGGUGUGACCAACCUGAUCGGUACUUUCUUCAACGCAUAUCCCGCCACCGGCUCCUUCAGCAGAACCGCCUUGAAGGCCAAGUGUGGUGUCAAGACUCCGUUUGCCGGAAUCUUUACUGGAGCCUGUGUGCUGCUCUCCAUCUACUGUUUCACGGACGCUUUCUACUACAUUCCAAAGGCUUCCUUGUCGGCCAUCAUCAUCCACGCCGUGGGUGAUCUUCUCGCGUCGCACAAAAUCACCUGGAACCUGUGGAAAAUCCAGCCACUGGACUUUGCCAUUUUCCUCAUUGGCGUGGUCAUCACUGUGUUUGCAACCAUUGAAGAUGGAAUCUACUUCGUUGUUUGCGCCUCUGUGGCUGCAGUUCUAUGGAGAUUGUGCAAGCCAAACGGCACUUUCCUCGGAAGAGUGCGUGUCGUUGAGGUUGUCGACCCAAUUGUGGCCCCUGCUGACAACCAGCUAGAAGACGACAGCAACAAGAAGAGCGAUGCCAACGUCGAGAGCAGACCUGUCUACAGAACGCACUACAGAUGGGUGCCGCUUAGAACCAGUCCUAACAGCUCCACGCCCGUGCACUGUGUCUACGUCAACGAGAGAGUUGCCGUGUCUCCUCCGCCUCCAGGAGUGAUUGUGUUCCGCCCGAGCGAGGCGUUCAUCUACUCCAACUGUUCUAGACAAAUAGACGCCGUUCUAGACGAAGUGAAGAGAGUCACGCGUCCAAAACAUGCUAAAGUUGAGAAAACAUUCAAUAAUCCAGGACAACUGAACGUGAAGUGGCUGCACAAAAUUACGCGCUACCAAGAGCCUGAGGAAGACAAUAGGCCGGUCCUGAAGAUCGUCCACUUCGAUUUCAGCCAGGUGACGUUUGUCGAUGCGACUGCAGUGCAGUCGUUGAUCGACCUGAAAAAGAGUCUGGACCUCCAUGCGGGCCACGACUACGAGAUCCACUUCUCGGGAAUAAUCAGUCCAUGGAUCAGACGGGCUCUCAUUGGCGGCGGAUUCGGCCGCAGCGUGCACGACGAGUCCGACCAGGAGCCAAAGAGCGCAGAUUCCUCGGUGGAAGAACUGGAAGAGGACAAGCCCAAGUAUGGUGAUGUCGAGAGACAUACUUUGGAUGCUGGUCUUGGCGAAGACUCCUCCCACCUGUAUGCGCUUUCGGGAACUAACUACCCAUGUUUCCACUUCGAUAUUCCAUCUUACACGUAUUUGGACGAGUGA